CGUCUGCGACCCAACACCCGGCUAGUGGCACCUGGGGCGGUGGUGGAGUGGCACGAUGAGGUCCAAGGUUUUGGAAACAUCAGUGGGAAUAAUUCCAGUCCAGAAACCAACGUGACCGAUGGGAGUGAGGAGAUCCUGCGCCGAGAGCUGCUGAAGACGGACUGCACCUUUAUCGGGGACAUCACAGACGUGCCCGGGGCCUCGGUUGCCAUUAACAACUGUGACGGGCUGGCUGGGAUGAUCCGAACCAACUCGGAUGAGUACUUCAUCGAACCGCUGGAGAAAGGCACCCAGGAGCUGGAGGAGCAGGGCAGGGUCCACGUGGUGUACCGCAGGUCAGCUGUGCUGCAGACCCUCACCGACUCCUCUGUGGACUACCAGCGCCAAGAGCUGGAGGUUCCUGGGACUCUGGACUCAGUGACCCAGCAGGUGAACGAGACCGUCCAGCGGCGGCGCCGGGAUGCAGGCGAGAACAACUACAACAUAGAGAUCCUGCUGGGAGUGGACGACUCGGUGGUCCGGUUUCAUGGCAAGGAGCACGUACAGAACUACCUGCUCACCUUGAUGAACAUCUGCCUGCUGCCACCGUCUGGAACUGUCUUUGAGAUUAACUUCAGAAUCUCCAGCCACAACCAGGUCAUCUGCAUACAACGGUACGCUCCCGUCACCGGAAUGUGUCACCCGGUCCGCAGCUGCACCCUCAACCACGAAGACGGCUUCUCUUCUGCCUUUGUCGUGGCUCACGAGACCGGACAUGUGUAG